AUGGAGGGGGCUCAGUCUCACGCCGGAAGCGACUCGAGAGGCAAGGAACAGCAGAAGUCUGUGAAGAAGGAAGAAGAAGAAGAAGAAGAAGAAAAGGAAGAGGAAACUGAGGAGUAUUUCGAAGGAAGAGACGAAGCGGAACCGACCAACACCAUGAAAAUCUGCCUUGCACUCCUGGCGGUGGCGCUGGUGGGGAAGUCCUUUGCCGAGACCGUCGGUAGCUACUCCGGAUGCCGCCCUGGGGACUCCUCCUGCACCGUCGCCGUGGCCCGGACGCGUUGCUCAGGAGGGCCCUGUGGAUCGGCGGCAGCAGAGUCCACGACCUUUGGUGACGACGGAGUGGCUGACGGAGAAUGCGCCUACACCGAUCAGCAGGGGCGCUCCGUCAGGAUCCGCUUCCGCCAGCUGCCCAACGGUCAGACUUACGCCCAAGCCAACGUCCCCGUUCGCGACGCCCAGAGGGAACUGCGGGCGUGUCGUCAGGAGGCCGCCCGUGCUCGCGAGAGUGCCAUGAGGGAGCAUAACAGGAUGAUGAGGGAACACCAGCGCUUGCAAGAGGAAAUGUUCCGUCAACAUCAGACAAUUGUGAACCAGAUCACCGCUCCCUUUGCUAAUCUUCCCAUUUACAAAUAAGUCCCCGGAAAUUCGAAGUUAAAUUCCCAUGGCGUUGUGUUUUUAAAGUUUUCUAGAUGGCCACGGAUAUAUUGAAAUAAAAUAAUAUCUCCGUCUUGGCUUAGAUUUCCCCUAGAUGCUUCGGGAUGUAAUCUGUUUCUCCCCCUUUUUUUCCCCCAAACUUUUGCCGAGAUUCGGUCGGGUUUCCUGUGUUUCUAGGCGGAAUUUCCCUAAAUGUUCCCCUAGAUUCCCCUAAAUGUUCCCCUAGAUAGGCUGACAUAUCAUUAAUUCACAACAAUAUAUCCUCUACUUUUCUAGCUUUUCUUCUGCUUACAAAAAUAAGAAAAAAAAAAGACAUAUUUAUACACGUUAGAAGUCUUAGAUUAAAUUUCCUAGCAAAGCUUUAAACAUGAUGGCGUCCAAUGACCUGCAAAUAUAUUCUUGUUUGGAAAUAAUAUUACUGGCAACUUGAUCUUCGCUUGUUCUGUAAUAGUUUACUGUAAUAGUUCUUACUGAAAUGUAUAUCUUCCUUAUGACUUAUGAUAAAUACACGGUCGCUUGUCAGUGUUUCACUUUGUGAGCAAUAAUUAGUGAUCAGGAUGGUAAUUAAGAAUUGUUUUAUUCGAUGUCAUUAAGGACUUUUUAAAUAAAUUAUUACUGGCUUAUCUGUUAA